AUGGAUACUCGCCCCAAACCCGUCGACGCGGCGAGUGCGCAACUAGCCAUUGCAACGUUUUUCCACGUGUGUCGUAUCGCGCCGAAUGUUGCGGAGCACGAUGCUUUCAAGACGAUGCUGAAAAAGGUUGCUGCUGCUGGUACAGGAUUUACACCUCCAGGACGACGGCUCAUAAUGGGAAGAUUGUUGGAGGAGUGCAAAGCGAACACCGACGCUGCGUUGAAGGAGGUGAAGGAUUCAUGGAAGGAUGUCAGGGACAUUGGCCAACUCGAUUGGGCCAAGGAUACCAUCGACCGCGCGCAACAGCUAAUUACGACGCUGAAGAACGCGCACUGGAUUACGGGGGUUCUUCGGAAGGAAAAGGCGCUACAAAUCCUGAAACCUGCAGGCACCCGUUUUGGAACAAACUACAUCGCCCUCGAACGCCUGCAGGCAGUGCGCAAAACUCUCGAUAAGCUGGUGUCGAGUGAGGACUGGGAGGAGUACGUCAAGGGGAAGCCGAAAAUGAAGGACGCAUGGGAUACUAUUAUCGACAAGGAGUUCUGGACGCGCGUUGGGACGGUGCUCGAUGUGCUUCGUCCGGUCUUCAAGCUGUUGCGGAAUGUUGACGGCAAUCAGGAGGUGAUGGGCAAGAUCUAUGACAAAAUGUUUGUUUUGGAGGACGCGGUGAAUGAGGCGUGUAAGGAGCUGACCGAGGAGGAGGAGGAUGUGACCGACAUCGUGCGGAAUCGGUGGAACAACGACAUCAACUGCGCGCUUCACGUGGUCGGACAGAUUCUGUACCCGCCAAACCAAUACGAGUCAAUAUUCGGAACGGACGUGGAGUGUACCAAGAUCUUCAAGCAAUUCAUUCGCAAUUACUACAAGGGUGAAUUCGUGAAAGUGGGAGGGGUGACGGCGCCACUCGCAACCAUCGUCGAAAAAGAGGUCUUGACGUACAUCAAGGGGAAGGGAGACAUUGAGGAGCAGAAAGCGCGUGAUGAGCAUGAACUCAUCAAAACUGGGCUUUUGGAUUCGGCGCAUUGGUGGGAAUUCAAUGGCACGGACGUGCCACACCUCUCCAAGCUUGCAAAAAGAGUUCUCAAGCAAUGCGUCUCGGCCUCCCCGUGUGAGACGAACUGGGCCGUUUGGGAGUCAAUCCGUACAGCUCGUCGUAAUCGCCUUCGAGCGAAACGCCUUGCCGACCUGGUAUACGUGAGCCACAACUAUCACACAGUGAAGAAGUUAAAUGAAGAUGUUGCUAAGAAGCUGGUGGUGAGUGGGCUUCCUGUGGUGCAAGUGAAGGAGGAACCUACUGACAGCUAA